UGUCAAGUUGUCAAAGUUCAAACUGAGUUCAAACGAUUCUGUAAUCUGUUUGUGAGAAAAGCAAAACAAACCAUAUACGGAUUAAAAUUAAUAAUUACUCUUUAAAAGACUUUUAGGCUUCAAGCAAGAAAAAUGGGUGAAAGAUACAACAUCCACAGUCAAUUAGAGCAUUUACAAAGUAAAUAUAUCGGUACGGGUCACGCCGACACUACAAAAUACGAGUGGAUGACGAAUCAACACAGAGACUCCUGUUGUAGUUACAUGGGUCAUCCAGACCUCUUGAGCUAUUUUGCGAUUGUCGAAAAUGAAUCUAAAGCAAGAGUUAAGUUUAAUUUGAUGGAGAGGAUGUUACAACCCUGUGGACCACCACCAGAAAAACCUGAAGACUAAACAAGUCUUACUUAUUUUGUAAUGUCUGUACUGUACCAAGCAAUUAUAAUUUAUAAUAAAUGGGAUAAAAUGCAA